GGCAACUGCCUCAGGCCCAUUAUUUUUGCAAAAAUUUAGGGCCCAGAAAAAUAUUAGCUCCCUUUGUAAAUAUACCCAUAGCAUACUAGGCCCAAUUUGAAUUGCCCUUGAUUAGCAGAUAUCUACAAUAACCGAUUGACCAUCUUCCGCUUGCUCUGGACGUUCACAGUUCGGACUUCGCAGCUUUGAGAAUCUCCCAGCCGUGCGCCCGUGCAGCCCUGCGACUCUUCUAGCCCAGAACUCCAGAAGACCAGAACCUCCCACUUCCCAGUCUACAUCGCAUCAUUCUCCUAUGAACUGCAGUUCAGCCACCGACUAUGGCCUCGCAAGUCACAACGCACCUCCUCCGUCGACCGCAGGGUAUCUUCCCACCAGAUACGUGGGGAGUGAUCUCUUCAAGUAGAUGGGAUUGGGAUGAUCUUCGAGCACAUAUACAAAAGAGUGGAGUGAGAAACUCCUUUCUUGUAGCACCACUGACCACUACUUCAAAUUCUUGGAAACAAUGAAUGCUUUGAGCCAUACACUUCCAACAACUACAACCGUAGAGUUCUAAGGUAUCUUUGCCAGUGGAUUCUGUUAGCUCAUGUAUAAUGCCCUAUAGUAGUUUGUUAGCUUCUGAAAUCCAACUUAACUAUUGUUGUAUUUCGAGUGGGGAAUUUGUUGUGGUGAACAACAUCUGCUUCAUGACUUAUUGAGAUGGGCCAUUGGUCACCUGCACUUAAGAACCAAAUCAUACAAGAGGAUGGAUCUGUACAAAAAAUCACUGAAAUUCCUCGAGGUCUUCUGUUCGCAACAGAGACCCUCGAGGUCUUCUGUUCGCAACAGAGAUGCUCGAGGUCUUCUGUUUGCAACAGAGACCCUCGAAGCCUUCUGUUCGCAACAGAAGGUCUUCUGGUCCGUUACAAAAAUUAAUGCCCAACGUUCUUCUCUUUUAAUGCUGCGUUAAAUGGACAAUUUAUGGACGAUUCAAUGCCCAACGGACUGGUCAUUGAUGUCCAACGUUCAGGUCCAUUAACACCCCAUUUAACACACAACAAAUCCUCCUAUAAAUAGCUGGCAGGUGGUUUGCAACAACACAACGCACAAUACAUUCCUCACGUAUUCUUGAGCUAAAAACACCUACAGCUACUCUGAAAAUUCCUUCUGUGUUCUUACUUGGUUCUCGUUCGCUGGAACUCUUGUUUGUGUGUUCAAACACUAGUUCGUAGUCAUCGUAUCCUGGGAAACGAUUGUUGCAACGCUCCUAGCACCGUGGGAGGCAACAAAUACGUUUUAAGGAAAUCGUGCGUAGCACGAGCUUUGACUAAUUCUGCUUCAUCUCCUUUCUUGUUUUUCUCUAGUCAUUUUAUUUAACUAAUUUAUUUUAAUUAAUUUUCUUUAUUUUCCGAAACACACCCAACAAUCUUAAAACGUGUUUGUUGGUCUUGUAUCAUACAGAUACAAUCUUAAAACGUAUUCGGUGAUUGUUCUACUCCGGCAAACAAUCCUAAAACGUAUUUUCCUUGGUUGUUGUACUGCGGUAAACAAUCUUAAAACGUAGUUUGUCACUUCGGUGAAUGAACUUAGUUUUUGUGUUUUCGGAAAACGUUGAAAACGUUAAAAUCGCUUCGCAAUAAAUUGGAAAUGUUGGUGGGCAGAACGUGCCAAACGAUAAUCAAUCUGAAAGUGGAGCACCGGUGAACAAUGGUUCACAACGCGGUGCAUCUACUUUGGGCAACCAAGGGGCAAUCCCUAUGGUUACCGUGCCGAGCAACUCUGUGGAGAAACCCGAAAAAUUUAACGGGUUAAACUUCAAGAGGUGGCAGCAAAAGAUGCUAUUCUAUCUCACUACUCUCGGUCUUGCAAGGUUCUUGACCGAACAUGCGCCGGUAGCAACCGGGGGUGAGGUGGAUGCACAAUCUUUCAACGCGGUUGAAGCUUGGAAGCAUUCUGACUUCCUUUGCCGAAACUAUGUGUUGAACGGGCUGCAUGAUGCUUUGUACGACGUGUAUAGCAAACUAGCUACGGCUAAGGAGUUAUGGAAUGCUUUGGACCACAAAUAUAAAAGCGAGGAUGCCGGCGCAAAGAAAUUUGUUGUUGGUCGAUUCCUUGAUUUUAAAAUGGUGGAUUCGAAGACGGUCUUGAGUCAAGUUGAGGAAAUGCAAAUGAUCUUCAACGAAAUUCGAGAUGAAGGAAUGACAGUUAGUGAAUCUUCCCAAGUGGCGUCAAUUAUCCAUUUAUUGCCGCCGGCUUGGAAGGAUUUCAAGAACUACCUUAAGCAUAAGCGAAAGGAAAUGAACUUGGAGCAAUUGAUCCUCCGUCUGCGGAUUGAAGAGGAUAACCGGAAGAACGAUGGGAAACUCCCAAUUGUUCAUGGCGCCAAGGCAAACGUGGUGGAGCAUGCAAAAGGCUCCAAAACCAAGAAUAAUGGGAAGAGCAAGCUCGGUCCCAAGGGAGGCGUUUCCAAGACAAAGUUCAACGGAAAAUGCUUCAAUUGCAAUAAAAACGGACACAAGUCCGCGGAUUGCAAGGCACCCAAGAAGAAGAGGGACUCUCAAGUCAACUUGGUGCAAGGUGGGCAAAAGGAUGAAGACAUCAUCCUUGCGGCUGUGGUGACCGAGGUCAACCUCGUUGGAUCCAAUUCCAAGGAGUGGUUUGUGGACACCGGUGCAACCCGGCAUAUUUGCUCAAACCGGGAGUUAUUCACAACUUUUGAGCCAUCAAAUGGUGAGAAAGUGUGAAUGGGUAACUCGGCUCAUUCCGCGGUUGAAGGCGUGGGCAAAGUGGUCCUGAAGAUGACUUCGGGCAAGGAGCUGACUCUAAACCAAGUUUUGUUUGUUCCGGAAAUACGCAAAAACCUGAUUUCCGGUUCAUUGUUGAACAAGCAUGGCUUCCGCAUGGUCUUUGAGUCGGAGAAACUAGUUUUGUCUAAAUCGGGAAUGUAUGUGGGCAAGGGAUAUGCAGUUGAUGGGCUGUUUAAGCUCAAUGUAAUGACUAUUAAUAAUAAUAAUAAUAAAAUACCUUCUGCUUACUUGCUUGAGUCUUCUAAUGUGUGGCAUGGUAGACUAGGACAUGUUAAUUUUAAUUCUAUACGUAGAUUAAUUAACAUGGAACACAUUCCUAAAUUCACAAUUGAUGUGAAGCACAAAUGUGAAGUUUGUGUAGAGGCAAAACUAACGAAAACGUCUUUCAAAUCAGUUGAAAGAAAAACGGAACCACUUGAAUUAAUUCAUAGUGACGUUUGUGAUUUUAAAUCAAUACAAACACGUGGUGGUAAUAAAUAUUUUAUUACUUUUAUCGAUGAUAGCACUCGCUAUAGCUACAUUUAUUUAUUAAAAAAUAAACACGAAGCAAUCGAUAAAUUCAUUCUUUAUAAGAACGAAGUGAAAAACCAACUUAAUCGACGAAUUAAGACGGUUAGGAGUGAUCGAGGUGGUGAGUAUGAAGCACCAAUUGGUGACUUUUGCGCUAGUGUGGGUAUAGUACACGAACGUACCGCACCCUAUUCACCUCAAUCAAACGGUGUUGCCGAACGAAAGAAUCGCACAUUGAAAGAUAUGAUGAACGCGAUGCUAGUAAGUUCGGACUUGCCACAAAAUAUGUGGGGCGAAGCAAUCUUGACAAGCAAUUACCUUUUAAAUAAGGUUCCCCGGAAAAAAUAUGAUAAAACUCCGUACGAGUUGUGGAAAGGCAAACGGCCUUCCUAUCAAUAUUUAAAAGUGUGGGGGUGUCUUGCUAAGGUGCUUGUACCAACACCUAAGAAAAUAAAAAUAGGUCCAAAAACGGUGGAUUGUAUUUUUAUUGGAUAUGCACAAAAUAGUAGUGCCUAUCGGUUUUUAGUGUACGAUUCGAAUAAUCCGGAUGUACAUAAAAACACAAUAAUUGAAUCAAGGAAUGCCUCAUUCUUUGAAGAUGUAUUUUCAUGCAAGUCCAACGAAGGACCUAGCACGUCAAAACGAACAUUUGACGUAGCUAUGGAAAAUACUAGCGAGGGCUCCGGAGAAGAACCCGAACCCAGACGUAGCAAACGUGCUAGAGUUGAAAAAUCCUUUGGACCGGAUUUUCUCACCUACUUGGUAGAAUUUGACUCGGAUAUUCUAACAUGUAUGGUAGAAAAUGAACCGGAUUUUCUAACAUGUUUGGUAGAAAAUGAACCACGGACUUAUACGGAAGCCGUGACGUCUACCGAAGGUCCUAUGUGGAAAGAAGCCAUCAAAAGUGAGGUGGAUUCUAUCCUUAAAAAUCACACAUGGGAAUUGGUUGAUCUUCCUCCGGGAAAUAAACCUUUGGGAUCCAAGUGGAUUUUUAAACGGAAAAUGAAACCUGACGGUUCCAUCGAUAAGUACAAGGCCAGACUUGUAAUCAAGGGAUACAAGCAACGUGAGGGCCAUGAUUACUUUGACACGUAUUCUCCUGUGACGAGAAUAAAAUCCAUUAGGAUGAUACUAGCAAUUGCCGCAUUGCGAAAAUUGGAAGUUCAUCAAAUGGACGUAAAAACCACUUUUCUAAAUGGUGAUAUAGACGAAGAAAUCUAUAUGGAACAAUCCGAGGGCUUUCGUGUUCCAGGCCAAGAAAGGAAAGUGUGUAAAUUAAUUAAAUCAUUGUAUGGAUUGAAACAAGCCCCUAAACAGUGGCACGAAAGGUUCGAUCAUGCAAUGUUAAUUAAUGGGUUUAAAAUAAACGAAAGUGACAAAUGUGUGUAUGUGAAGAGCACGGUAGACGGCUAUGUCAUUUUAUGUUUAUACGUGGAUGAUAUACUCAUCGUGGGUAGCAAUAAUCUAAUGAUUAAUUCUACCAAAAGCAUGUUAAAUUCUAAAUUUGACAUGAAGGAUAUGGGGCUGGCCGAUUUAAUCCUUGGGAUUAAAAUAAUUAGAGGACCUGAUGGUCUUACGCUAAGCCAAUCCCAUUACGUUGAUAAAAUCCUUACGAAAUUUAAUAAGGAUGAUUAUCAAGAGGCAAGGACUCCAUUAGAUAAAAACGUACAACUUACCAAAAAUCGUGGAGAGUGUAUUUCUCAAGUAGAAUACGCUAGGAUUAUUGGAAGCUUGAUGUAUCUAAUGAGUUGUACCAGGCCUGAUAUUGCCUUUGUGGUUAGUAAGCUAAGUAGAUAUACUAGCAACCCCGGUGAUGAACACUGGAAGGCAAUAAUAAGGGUUUUGAGGUAUUUACGUAAAAUCCAAAAUCUUGGACUGCACUAUGGAAGAUAUCCAGCUGUACUUGAAGGGUAUAGCGACGCUAGUUGGAUAUCCGACAUAAAGGACUCUAAGUCCACAAGUGGAUAUGUUUUCACUUUGGGAGGUGCAGCCGUAUCCUGGAAAUCCUCAAAACAAACGUUAAUAGCUAGAUCCACGAUGGAGUCUGAGCUAAUAGCCUUGGAUAAGUGCACUGAAGAGGCUGAAUGGCUACGCCAUUUUCUCGAGGAUAUUCCAAGUUGGGAGAAGCCUGUACCUCCAAUAUGUAUACAUUGCGAUUGUCAAGCGGCAAUUGGAAGGGCACAGAGCAAUCUCUACAAUGGUAAGUCUAGACACGUUCGUCAUAGACAUAACACCAUUAAACAACUCCUCACAACGGGUGUUAUCACUGUUGACUACGUGAAGUCAAAGGAUAACAUAGCAGAUCCGCUAACCAAGGCAUUGGAUAGAGAAUUGUUGGAGAAGUUGUCACGAGGAAUGGGACUAAAGCCCGUGAAUUGAAAAGUUCUAUAGUGGAUACCCAACCUAGUUGGUCAUAGGUUCAAAACGGACAACUAAAUUAUAGAGCGAAGGAUGGUCACUGUGGGGGUCUCGGACUCCUACCCACUCCUCGUUAAAACAGUGACUCCCACACGAGGUUAGCAAAAACGUUUGCUUUAAUGAUUCUAAAAUGUUGUUCUACUCGAUAACAUUGGAAGAGUAUGCGGGAUACUCGUGGAAGAAUCACCUAUGUGAGAGAGAAGAGGCCCGCUUCAAAGGAGAACUGUAAAGGCACAGUUCUUUAGAAACUCUUGCAGAACCAGGACGGUGACCCAUGGCCAAAACGGGCACACCCAUGAGAACGGAACAAAGUUGGAAGGUUCUUGUGUAAAGAUAAGUCAAUGUUUACACGACGGCAGUAUAGUUCAAGGACAUCGAGUCUACUAGACAGCCAGUAAAUAAACGUGUCUCUACAACGGAAGGUUCAAAGGAUAAAACCUACCUCUCCGUAUGCAAGGAUCAUCCGGUGAACACAACAUGUCCUCCUAUCUUCGUGUCCUUUUAAGUCUCGAAAAUCAAUUUUCAUUCAUGUGGGGGAUUGUUGGAAAAAUGUGUUAAAAAUUGCAUUAAAUGGUCAUUUUGGGGCAAUUAUUUAAGUGGGGUCCACUUCUGAUUUGGGUCGGUUCAAAGUGGUUUCGGAUUGUCCUUGUUAAGGGCUACAAUUCGAUAUGUGGUACACUCAAAACAGAUAACGGGUGAAUGAGAAAUUGAUUCUCGAAGUUCACUCGUUGAAAUGGAAAAACUGGGAAAAUGGUGAGUUUCUAGUGUGUUUUAUCCCACACCGAAAAACUCAAGGGAUUUUCACCCCCUUAUAAAGGGAAGCCUCGUUUAAGGAGUUAAGAUUCCUAAAGGGAAAGGCUCUCUCUUACGCGCAGGGGGGGGGUGCCGAUCAAAUCCCGAAACGGAGAAGAAAAACCGCGACUCGUGUGCGCGGGCGACCUGCGGACACGAAUGUCGUCCGAAAACCUAUCAUUCAAAGAUACGGUCUAACUUUUGUUUCUUCCCGUAACGGAAACCCUCGAGGUCUUCUGUGUUCUUACUUGGUUCUCGUUCACUGGAACUCUUUUUUGUGUGCUCAAACACUAGUUCGUAGUCAUCGUAUCCUGGGAAACGAUUGUUGCAACGCUCCUAGCACCGUGGGAGGCAACAAAUACGUUUUAAGGAAAUCGUGCGUAGCACGAGCUUUGACUAAUUCUGCUUCAUCUCCUUUCUUGUUUUUCUCUAGUCAUUUUAUUUAACUAAUUGUUUUACAAAAUGUAGAAAUUUUAUAAAAAUAUUAUUUUUUGAUAUAUAUUUAUUUGGGUUCCUUUGCAAGUUCAUAAUUUUGUAUUGAUUUUAACUAAUAUUUAGAGUAAUUUGAUAUUUUAAUUAGGAUGAUUAACUUUCAAUUUUUUAUAUUCAGAAAAGACUUAUCAUUUACUCCGUUUUUUUUUCACUUUCUUAAAAAGUAGGUUUUCAUUUUUAACAUUGAAUUUGUACCAGCUUAAUUGAUUUGCAGUUUAUGUUUCUUUUAAUGAAUUUAUAUUGACAUUUUUACCCGGUAUUUUAUAUUCUUCUAAUGGCAUGGAAUCAAUCUCUCACACAUUGUUUGUCAUUUACAUUCUCACUACAAUAUAUAUGCUCUUCAGUGAAAUUAUCCUUAUAUAUAUAUAGAGGAAAGUUCAUGUCCGGAAUUCCGGACAGGAACCGCCGUCCGGACGGCGGCGUUUGGCCGCAUUCCCGGUAGAAUUUUUUGAUGAAAUUUGUAUGACAUGUUCUUCAUCAAGUCUAGUUUAUCCACAAAAACAAUCAGCUAAAAACUCAACCGUGAAGGUCGUCAAAUGAUUUUUACAAGUUAACUGCGUUUUAUAUGUAUUUUCCGGCGCAUUUAUCUUGUAAAAAUCAUUUGACGACCUUCCCGAUUGAGUUUUUAGCUUAAUAUUUUUUUGGAUAAACUAGACUUGAUGAAGAAUAUGACAUAAAAAUUUCAUCAAAAAAAUCCACCGGAAAGGUCCCCAAAAGCCGUCGUCUGGAAGGCGGUUCCGGUCAGGAGAACACUACUCUCUCUCUCUCUCUAUAUAUAUAUAUAUAUAUAGGGGAUGGUUCAAAUAAAAAGUGGUCUUCCUGUGCAAAGGGUAAAGUUUGCACUUUUUGAUGUUUCGCUUGCACUGUUUCUUGCUUUCAUUGCACUUGUUCUCGGUAGCCGAAAAAAAUUGGUUUAUUUACAAAACUGCUACCGUCAUUUUGGCCGAAUUUGGCCAAAAUCAAAAUGGCCAAAAAGUGCAAUGCAAAUAAGAAAAAGUGCAAGCGAAACAUGAAAAAGUGAAAACUUUGCAGUUUACACGGGAAGACCACUUUUCAUUUGAUCUUCCCUAUAAAUGAAAAAGUGCAAUGCAAUAUAUAUUGUCUGUGAAGUGGGGGUAGGAAUUUUAUCUUAAGUACUAAUACUAAAUUUCGUGGUCGGAAGCAGGGGCACUUGCCCCCCUAGAACCUCCUAGGUCCUCCACUGGUCACAUGAGACCAUUACCCUACAAUUGAAAUUAUUCGUAAAUAAUUGAUAUUUGAUAUUUUUCUUAGGAGUACUCUAGAUUAUAUAUUCUAAAAUUGAUACUUAAAAUUAAUCCUAUUUUUAUGCACUCUAAACUCGAGAGUGUUAUUUUUUUCAUUCUUUGUUUUUAUUAGCCGAUUAAUAAUUGACAUUGUUCGAUCUUAUACCGUAGUGUUUUCCCGUAUCUAACCCAAAAGUAUGAGUGGUAUGUACUAUGUAGCAUACAUAGUAUUUCAUCCGUCCCUUAAAAAUUGAUCAAGUUUGAUUGACACAUGGAUUAAUAAAGAAACAUUGUGUAAUUGAGGUUUGUGCAGAAGAAAUAGAAUUAAUUAAUUGAUGAAACCACAAAUUUUUUACUUAAAAAAGAAAAUGACAAAGUUAGUGUGAUAACAAAAAAAGGUAGCAAUGUUUUAAGGAAUAAAAAGAGUAUGAUACUACUAGUAUGAGUUUGCAAUCAAUUCCAAUGAUUUUGAACUUUUGGGCUUGUUCUUAAUAAUGUUAUAUUUGGGGAUUACCUUGUAAUAUUUCAUAACUCUGUUUGAUUAUAAAUAGAAGGCCAAGACACCCAGUAGGGUAAACCAUUAUUCUCCCAAUUAUAUUUUCGUAUAUGGUAUCAGUCGUCUAGGUUUUCCGUUUCCUUCCUCCAUGGCCGACGCGCAGCCCUCCCUAGCCCUCUCACAGUCGGCGCCCUCCUCCCAGGUGCGGCCACAGCAGAGCGGAAUUCCAUCUACUAAGGCGCCCACAGUUAUGGUGCAGCCCUCGUCCGGAAUACUCAGCCAGACCACCGGUCAGAUGUCCUCCUUUCAAACUGGCUCUAGCAGUGCAACACUUUCUUCGCACGCCGAUGAUGCGCCACCAGCCUGGUCCCCUCUCGCUCCAGCACUCCGGCAGCGUCUCGGUAAUCCUCAACAUUUUGAUCAAUAUCAGUUAUUUGGCAUGCCAGCACCGUUUACGUGAACUCCGACCAAGAGCCUUGCUCCGCCGCCGCUCUUUCCCUCAAUUUCUGACGCAGGCGCUUCGUCCAUGCACUUUGCCGGACCCACCUUCACUGCCCAGCCAGCCACAAAUCCUCCGCAACAUGCACCAGUCAUGGCCGGAUCAGGUUCUACGCAAGUCACAGGUUCUUUAUCCUCCCUCUCAUCACAAUUGACGUUUUCUACGCCAAAUAUGACUAAUAUUGUUACAACCCGCUUAUCGGCCGUUGAGGAUUACCUACCGUGGCGUACCCAAUUUGAGUCUUUUCUUGUCUCCGACAGUUUUAUUGGGAUAUUGGAUGGCUCAAUUCGGUAAGUCGAGGGCUCUGAGUACUGAUACGUUCGUAAUUUCCAUUUCUAUGUUUAUGUUUUUAAUUAGUUUUGCUUGACUUUUACUUUGGAAAUUACACACUUUUGGUGUAAUAGAUUAGAUUUUUAAAUUCUUGUAAAUAGGUUAGAUUAGACAUAUUCUGAGCUUAAGCAGGUUUUGGUCACCCAAAGUACAGUUGGUGAACCCAAAAAGUGAAGAGAAGGUGCAAAAGUUCAAAGACAAAAGAAGAUCCUGAAUUUUGGUCUAUACUCGGUCGAGUAUUAGCUAUACUCGAUCGGGUAUUAGGUUGGAACUUCAAAUCGGAUCAGAUCCGAAGACAAAGGAACAUGCAGGAAAGAUUUUGGCCACGAUUCUAUGUCUAUACCCGAUCGGGUAGACCGACAUACCCGAUCGGGUAUGCCUUUAAAUUGCAAACGAAGAUCGGUCGAGUAUAGCCCGAAUACCACUUUCUAAGCAUACCCGACCGGGUAUUCAUAUAUACUCGAUCGGGUAUGCCUUUAAAUUGCAAACGAAGAUCGGUCGAGUAUAGCCCGAAUAUCACUUUCUAAGCAUACUCGACCGGGUAUUCAUAUAUACUCGAUCGGGUAUACACUUAGAAAAUAGCCUGAAACCGGUCGAGUAUGCCUUGGAUCGGAUGUUACACACAUACUCGAUCGGGUACCAUGUAUAUACCCGAUCGAGUACCCGAAUCUCAUCCCAAAAACCUAUAAAUACACCUCCUUUCCUUCACAAAAAGAUAUCCAAUCCCUUGUACAUCUAAGCUCAGUAUAGAAUAGCUCUUUCUUUAUAUUUUUCAUCAUGUUUAGUCUCCAAAUGAGGAGCUAAACUCUUCCAUCUUGGUUUUGCUACUUUGAAGCUUAAUGAAUUUGUAAGUUGUGAGUUAUUUUCUUUAAUCUUCUUCCUUGAAUAUUAAUUCUUUCUUUCAAAAUACUAUCUCUAUAUCAAAGUUGGGGAGUGUUACUAAGAUGACAAUUAGUUAACAUCUUGACAUUGGUUAUAGUAAUAGCUAUUUCUUCCUCUAUGAUUAUAUUGGGGAGUGUUGCUAAGAUGACAAUUAGUUAACAUCUCGAUAUUAAUCAUAGUAGGAUUCAUAUAUUUUAAUAUUCUUCCUUGAGUAUUGAUUAAUUCCUAUUCAUAUUUCAUGUUAAUAUCUUAAACAUUACUUAAAGUAUCAACUAGUAUUGUUUCUCAUAUUAAUUAUUACUAGAAUCAAUCGGUUAAUACGCUUGUUAUUAAUCCGGUUCUUUCAACGGUAGUAAACUUGGAAUAUUAAUGCAUGCAUCUCAUGGUUAAUAUGCCAAGGGGAAUUAAUUAUAUUGAUUAAACCAAUAAACCGCUUGUGUUGAGGUUAUCAAUCUCAAUCGUUUUCAUCUUAAGUUUAUUGCUACUAUCAAGUUAAUAUACGGCUCUUGUUCUAUAUUGACUCGAUAGUAAGUUUUAUUAAUGAACGCAUCUCGUUAUUAAUAACUACCCUCGAUGAACUGGAUAUGCUCCUCGAUUGAGUAUUCGAGAGGAAGAUAGUUAAAGAUAUAACGGGAUCGACGAACAUUUCAUUAAGUGGAUAAAAGCAAAACCAAGUCCCCAUCUCAUUGAAUUAAACUCAUAUAGGUCGUUUAUCUUAGUGUUAUUAAACCAAGCAAAUCUAAAACCCCCUUGUUAUUAUUUAUAUAAAAGAAAAGUAUUCCUUUCCCUGUGGAUACGAACCUUACUACACUAUACUACGUAUUAGUGUUGUAUUGAUUAAUUAUUUUGAGUGCACCUAACGACGAGUGCACGUCAAAUUUGGCGCCGUUGCCGGGGAAAGGCAAUAAAUUUUUCUUUUAUCUUCAUAUCAAGAAAAAUCAAAAAAAAAAAUAUUAAAUAAAAAAAAAAUUAUAAAGAGUUCUUAUUUUUUUCUAUUUUCUGAGCUUAGUGGAGUUUAUGGUUAAACAUCGUUCCAUAAACGAAAUCACAUAUCACAAAAACCCAGAAAUAGAACAAACUUUCGAGCGGUUGAAAAGUAAAUUAUUUAACACCGACUCGGAAGAAUCAUCUUCUAGAGAUUCAUACACCGCUAGCUCUAGUUCUAGCGACACCGAAGAGUCAACCACAAUGGCUCUUGAAACAAGGACACUGAGGGAGCUCACAGCUCCAAACCUCAACCAACAACCACUGUGUAUUACCUUCCCUACACUUGAUGAGGGUAAUACGUUUGAGCUAAAAUCUGGGCUCAUUCAUCUGCUGCCAUCCUUCCAUGGCCUGAGGGGAGAAGACCCGAACAAACAUUUAUCGGAGUUCCACGUCGUUUGCACAAGCAUGUGCCCAAACGGUGUGACAGAAGAACAAAUCAAACUGCGGGCAUUUCCAUUUUCACUGAAGGAUACCGCAAAGGAUUGGCUAUUCUAUCUUCCUUCAGGAAGUAUAGGAACAUGGGCGGCCAUGAAGAAAGCGUUCCUGGAAAGGUACUACCCUGCCUCUGUCUCAUCCUCUCUAAAAAAACAAAUCAGCAACGUGGAGCAGAAGGAUGAUGAAUCGUUCUACGAAUAUUGGGAACGAUUCAAGAAACUGUGUGCAAGCUGCCCUUAUCAUGGCUAUUCGGAGCAAGACCUCAUCUUAUAUUUCUAUGAUGGUCUUUGCAAUGAAGAUAGGCGGAUGAUAAACGCCGCAUGUGGAGGAGGGAUUGUCAACAAGACCCCUUCUCAAGCUACAAACCUCAUCUCGGAGUUGGCCGAGAAUUGUAGGCACUAUGAUCGGCGAUCAACAAAACGAGUUAUGGCGGCAGAAUCCAACAACUCAUUGGAAAGUCAAGUAGCCGGCUUGACUUCUUUGGUUAAAGAUUUUCUCUUAAAUCCGAAACCUCAAGAAGUCAAGGUCUGCGGCAUAUGCUCGACACAAGGGCACCCCACCGACUCUUGCCCAACACUACAAGAGGAGAACGUUGAACAGAUCAAUGCUUUGGGUUUCCAAAAUCAAAAGAGGUAUAAUCCUCAAAGCAACACCUACAAUCCGGGAUGGAGGGAUCAUCCUAAUUUAAGGUACGGAAACUCUCAACCUCCUCAACCAUCAAAUCCUCCUCCUCCACAAUAUAAACAACAAGGCCAAACUUCUAACUCGAAUAUGUCAACCGAAGACAUGAUUCGAUCACUUGCCAUGAAUAUGGCAACAAUGCAACAAAGUGUGGUUCAAUUCCAAGAAACAACAAAAUCCAGCAUCCACAACUUGGAAAACCAAAUCAGCCAAAUCUCAAAUGCCGUGAGUAGGCUUGAAGCUAAGGAUUCGGCAAGGCUACCAUCUCAAACGGAGCCGAAUCCUAGGCAACAAGCCCACACAGUCACAUUACGGAGUGGCAAGGAGUUGGUUAUGGCCAAGGAGAAGGCAAAGAGCCACAUUGGCGAAGAGGAGGAAGAAGAGGAACUGGUGGAAGUGACUCAACCGGAGGUGGAAGCUCAAAUCCCAACCCCACCACCGGUCAUUCCCGAGAUUGAAGCACCCUUCCCCGAGGCUCUAAGGGAAACACGGAAGCUGGAGAAGGACAAGGACAUCUAUGAGACAUUCUCCAAAUGUGAAGUAAAUAUCCCUCUCCUUAACUUGAUAAAGGGUGUUCCGAGAUUCGCAAAAUUUUUCAAAGAACUAUGUACAAUAAAAAGGAAACAUAGACUCAAUGGAAAACAAAAAGUCCAAGUUAGUGAACGUGUUUCGGCAGUUUUUCAAAAGAAACUUCCAAAGAAAUACAAUGACCCGGGCAUGUUCACUAUACCUUGCAAGUUGGGAGGAACUACGUUUUCAAAAGCCAUGCUCGAUUUAGGAGCAUCAAUUAAUGUCAUUCCUUACUCUUUAUACAAAUCACUUGAGCUUGGCCCUUUAAAUGAAACCAGAGUAGUCAUUCAACUUGCGGAUAGAUCAAAUGCCUACCCUAAAGGUAUUGUCGAAGACGUACUAGUUAUGGUUGACAAUUUGAUUUUCCCCGCUGACUUUUAUGUUUUGGAAAUGGAGAAUGAUAAGAAUGCGGUACCUAUCCUUUUAGGAAGGCCAUUUUUAAAAACCGCUAGAGCAAAGAUUGACGUAUUUAGCGAUUCCUUAACAAUGGAAUUUGAUGGGGAUAAAGUUGAAUUCAACAUUUAUGACUCCAUGAAAUAUCCAAAUGAAAAUCAUUCUUUAUUUGCCAUUGAUAUUGUUGACCCCCUUGUACAAAAUACUUUUGAAAUCAAUAAAGAGGACGAAUUGUUAAGUAUACUUGAAAAUGACUUCGGGGAAAACUCUUCAGAACUUGCCCUGACCCCCAACACACAAGCUAUGAUAGUGGAAUUGGAUACUCACUUCCAACUCCCACUUAUGCCACCGGGGUCUAGGGCAUUUCCACUAACCAUCCCCGAGGAAAAGCCUCUACCUUCAGUUUUGCAGGCACCCGACGUUGAGAUGAAACCACUCCCAACACAUUUGAAAUAUGUGUUUUUGGGGCAAAAAGAGACACUACCGGUCAUUAUCUCAAACAAAUUGACCGGAGAACAAGAAGGCAAAUUGAUAGCGGUGCUCAAUGAGCAUAAACUAGCAAUUGGAUGGACUAUAGCCGACAUCAAAGGCAUUAGUCCAUCUACUUGCAUGCAUCGCAUCUUAAUGGAGGAUGAGGCCAAGCCGGUACGACAGCCGCAACGAAGACUAACUCCACCUAUGAUGGAGGUGGUCAAAAAAGAGGUGAUCAAACUACUCCAAAUGGGGAUAAUCUUCCCCAUCUCCGACAGCAAAUGGGUUAGCCCAACCCAAGUGGUCCCAAAGAAAACCGGAGUCACGGUAGUGGAAAACAAACAUGGAGAACUAAUGCCCACCCGAAUUCAAAAUGGAUGGAGGGUAUGUAUAGAUUACCGUAGACUCAAUGCGGUAACUAGAAAGGAUUUCUUUCCUUUACCCUUCAUCGACCAAAUGCUUGAGAGACUUGCCGGGCAUAAGUUCUAUUGCUUUCUUGAUGGCUACUCCGCGUACUUUCAAGUGCCUAUAGCCCCUGAAGAUCAAGAGAAGACCACUUUCACUUGUCCAUUUGGCACUUUUGCAUACCGGCGCAUGCCAUUCGGACUUUGCAAUGCCUCGGCCACAUUCCAACGAUGCAUGAUGAGCAUAUUCUCUGAAUAUGUUGAGCUAUUUAUGGAAGUCUUCAUGGAUGAUUUUACAAUCCAUGGAGACUCAUUUGAUUCAUGCCUACUUCAUCUAUCUCUUGUUUUGAAGAGUUGUUUAGAAUCAAAUCUUGUUCUAAACUCUGAAAAAUGUCACUUUAUGGUGGAGGAAGGAAUUGUCCUAGGCCAUGUAAUUUCGUCCAAAGGAAUAGAGGUGGACAAAGCAAAAGUGGAGGUUAUCCAAUCACUACCUUAUCCUACCACCGUUAAGGAGAUACGAUCAUUCCUUGGACAUGCAGGUUUCUACAGGAGGUUCAUCAAAGAUUUCUCAAAGAUUGCAUCUCCUUUAUGCACACUUUUGCAAAAGGAGGUGGAGUUCAUAUUCUCCGAGGACUGCAAGAAGGCCUUCAAUACUUUGAAGGAGAAAUUAGUAACCGCACCUAUCAUCCAAGCCCCGGAUUGGUCUCUUCCCUUUGAGAUCAUGUGUGAUGCUAGUGACUAUGCGGUCGGGGCCGUUUUGGGCCAAAAGGUGGGAAGAGCAUCUCAUGUGAUCUAUUAUGCAUCCACCACACUCAAUGAUGCCCAACGCAACUACGCCACCACCGAAAAAGAAAUGUUGGCCGUCGUUUAUGCGCUCGAAAAAUUCAGGUCAUACUUACUUGGUACCAAAGUGAUCAUUUACACCGAUCAUGCGGCUAUUAGGUUCUUGAUGACAAAGAAAGAGGCCAAACCACGGCUGAUUCGAUGGAUACUACUCCUGAGCGAGUUUGAUGUUGAGAUCAAGGACAAGAAAGGCAUGGAGAACUUGGUGGCCGAUCACUUGAGCCGUUUGGUCUUGGGCGAAGGAAACAAUCAUAUCAAAGAUGAUAUCCGAGGCGAAUUUCCCGAUGAGACCCUUUUCUCCCUUAAGGAAAUUCGUCCUUGGUACGCUCACAUUGUUAAUUUCCUUGUUCUAAACAGGUUUCCACCAAGCUUCUCUAAAGCUCAAAGAGAGAAACUCCAGCAUGAUGCAAAGCAAUACGUAUGGGAUGAACCAUAUUUAUGGAAACAUUGCAAAGAUCAAGUCAUUCGAAGAUGCAUUCCCGAAACAGAAAUUGCAUCCAUACUUGCUUUUUGUCACUCACAUGCAUGUGGUGGCCACUUUGGAGGAAAACGAACAUCCAUGAAGGUACUUGAAUGUGGUUUUUUGUGGCCAAGCUUAUUCCAGGAUGCACAUGUCUAUUGUCAAUCUUGUGAUGAUUGCCAACGCAUGGGCAACAUCUCUCGAAAGCAUGAGAUGCCCCAAGUUCCUAUGCUCUACGUGGAGAUCUUUGAUGUGUGGGGAAUAGAUUUCAUGGGACCUUUUCCUAAUUCCCAUGGAAAUUUAUACAUUCUAUUGGCGGUAGAUUACGUAUCCAAAUGGGUGGAAGCAAAAGCCACAAAGACCGAUGAUGCCAAAGCAGUGACUGAAUUCCUCAAAACCCGCAUCUUCUCAAGGUUUGGGGUACCACGCAUCUUGAUAAGCGACAGAGGCACUCACUUCUACAACAAAACUGUGAGUACCUUGUUAAAGAAAUAUGGCGUCACACAUAAACUCUCCACCGCCUACCAUCCACAGACAAACGGUCAAGCUGAGGUAUCAAACAGAGAGCUGAAAUCAAUUCUUCAAAAGACAGUAAAUCCGAACCGUAAGGAUUGGAGCCUGCGCAUGGAUGAUGCCUUAUGGGCAUACAAGACCGCUUUCAAAACCCCAAUUGGAAUGUCACCCUAUAGACUCGUGUUCGGUAAGGCCUGUCAUCUUCCGGUCGAACUCGAACACAAGUCUUAUUGGGCGGUCAAAACAUUCAAUCUCGACAUGGCUAAAGCAGGAGAGCAAAGGAAGCUACAACUCCAGGAACUAGAAGAGCUUCGAUUGGAGUCCUAUGAGAAUGCCGCCAUCUACAAGGAAAAGACGAAGGUAUGGCAUGACAAAAUGAUAAUAAGAAAGGAUUUCCAAGUUGGAGACAAAGUCCUUCUUUUUCUCUCACGCCUUCGCCUUUUCCCCGGAAAAUUGAGAUCACGAUGGGAAGGACCAUUCGAGGUGGUCAAAGUCUACACCCAUGGCGCAGUGGAAACAAAAAGCCUCGAUACCGGAAAAAUCCUCAAGGUUAAUGGACAUCAACUCAAACCAUUCCUUGAAGGUUUCCAGAAAGAAAGCAUUGAAUGCAUGGAUCUCAUCGAUCCAAUCUUUGAAGAAUGAACACAACAAUGGCGUCGUGCCGCGACGUUAACUAAGGCGCUUCUUGGGAGGCAACCCAAGCAAGGUACAUUUUUCUUUUAUUGUUAACCCCCCCUGUCAAUGUUUUCAAUUAUGUCUUUGAGAGGUUGAGAGGGAGGGCACUAAUCAUGGGUUUUUGGAAAAAAAGAAAUAAAAAAAUUUUGCAGGUUUUUGAACAUCUGGGGACAUACCCGAUCGAGUAUAACCUUAUACUCGGUCGGGUAUGAGCAAAAAGAAAAGGGACCGGACACUACUCGAUCGAGGGAGCAUUCAAAAUUUGAAAAAUAAGCAAUACCCGAUCGGAUAUCACUAUACACCCGGUCGGGUAUCGCUAGAAAUGCUAAAAUUGAAGGGGACUGAUUCCCACACUCGACCGAGUACACGCUUCAAAAAUGAAAAAAAAGCACAUACCCGAUCGAGUAUGGAGGAAUACUCGACCGGGUACAGGAGACAGGCUGCUCACAAAGUUCAUUUUCUAAGAAUACUCGACCGGGUAACUCCACCCUACCCGAUCGAGUACAGGAGACAGGCCGCUCAAAAACUACACUUUCCAGCCAUACCCGACCGAGUACCAGCACAUACUCGAUCGGGUAUACGGGUCUUAUAACCCCAAAUCAGCCCCAAAACACUUCAUCUUCCCCAAAUUCCCAACCCUAUCUCGAACAAAAAACGCCCAAACCCCAUUUUUACACCUUCUCUCUACCAUAUCUCUUCCAAAUCUUCACCAAAUCCACCCAUUCCAACGCCAAAACACUCCCCUCAUCCUCCUCUACACAUUCAUACCCACCAAUCCCAUUCUCCUCCAACUUUCAGAGGUCCGAAAAACCCUACCCCCACCAUUCCAAUUUCGGUUUUCAAAGGCCAAAUUCACUUCAAAUGGCUCCAAGGAAAGAGAAAGGGCAAAGCUCAAGCACUAGGACAAUCAUCCCGGGCUACGAGGACAUCCUUUUCGUGGACAACGAACAACGCACACGCUUCAUGUCCACAAUUGAAAGGCAAGUCAAACCUUCCCGCUUUUUAUGCCUUGAUGCUCUAAAGGAAUUAGGAGUAUACACAAUAAUGAAGAAAUUUUUUCAUGAGUUGCAUAUGGAUAAAAUUUUCAAAAUGCAAUACAACUCAAAUGAAAAAAUUAUCUAUGAAUUCCUAAGCUCGGUGCACUUUGAGAACAAUGAGGAGGACUUUAGGGAUGAUAAACUCAGGUUUCGAUUGUUUAAUCACAAUCACACCAUCACGAAACUUGAGUUUGCCGAACACUUUGGUAUUCCGGUCCCGUACCAAAAGUCUAUAUCCGACAAUACCGCCUUCGACCACACCCUAUGGACCAAGAUGACCGGGGAGACCAAAGUUAGCUCCUCCCAACUCUACAUUAGUCAUGUCCAACAUCCAGUCCUACGCCUCUUUUUGAAAUUUCUUGCCAACUCCUUGCUUGGACGUCCCAACAACCAUCAUACAAGGAUGGGGGAUGUAUGCCUCAUCUCGGUUGCCUUAUUCCGUAUCCACGUGGAUUUCAACCUCUGUAAUCUCAUGUGGGCUCAUCUAAAGAAGGAAAGUGUGGCAAAGGGUGCUAUCGUAGUGGGCGGGGUGAUUAUGCACUUGGCCACAAAGUUCGGGUAUACGGAUGACUCUCCUAUACCCGACUACUGUUUAAUGAACAUAUCUUGGCUAGGCCACUCGGGCUGUACUUCUUUUUCACACACCGUUUAUGGUGAAGAAAGGCCCAAAAAUAUGUACAACUGGCACAUCCACCCCAAACCCCUCAAAUACUUCCUCUUGCCCAACCUAGAACUCCCCCAACUCCACUUCAAAACAGGCAGGCCGGAUCAACAUUACCUCUUCCCAAACGCCCUCCCACCACAUCUUCAAGAACCGGAACAGGAACUCCCCCAAAACCAACCCGAUGACGAGCCCUACGAGCAACUCCAUAGCCAUCCAACCAUGAGCCAUGAUUUCCCAGAACAAAGCCAAAACCCUCCACCACCCGACUUCUUUCAACAACUUCUGGAGGGUCAACAACAACUUCUUACGGGAAUAGCUCAAAUGGACAACCGGCUCAACCGAUUAGAGGAAGAGCAAAGAGCCGGUUUUCAAAGAUUGGAGGAUGAGCAAAGGGCCGGCUUUCAACGUUUGGAGGAGCUCCGGGAGGCCGAUAGACACCGGUAUGAGGAAGACCAACAUAGGUUCUACGGGCCUAUGUACUCGUUUAUGGCACAGCAGGGAUCCUUCCAUACCAUGGCGAACCCUCCUCCACCACCCUCAUGGUAUGACCCCACUCAUUGGGGUAACUUUGGAGGAUCUGGCUCCGGUGGUGGAGGGUACGACGGCGGAGAUGGCGGGGACACUUACAUGGGAGAUGGUGGCCAAGGGAGCGGUUUUGGAGGGAGCUACUACGGAGGAGAAGGCGGGCACUAGGGACAGUGCGUGAUUCAAGUGCGGGGGAGACACUCAUGAUGGUAUGUAAUUCUCAUUUGUACCUAGCACUAUGCAUGUAAUUCUUUUGAACUUUUACACUCAAAAAAAAAAUUAAAGAAAAAAAUAAACAAAAGAAAAUAAAUGCUAGUUAGGUUGAAAACCCAACAAAAUGGGCAAUCUAAGCAAAAAAGGCUUAUAUAAAAAAAAAUGAGUGAGUUGGAGAGAAUGGAAAAUGAAAAGAGGUGCUAGGAUGAAAACCUGAAAAGGCUCCUAGGCAAAAUGAGAGAUAUGAGAGAAAUGUUUGUUCUUGCAGGCACUCAUUGUAUCCUUAUGAAGAAUAUGAAGAUUCAAGAUAAAGAAGAAGAGAGGAGGAGAAAAGAAGACAACACUAGGAGGCCAUUAAACCCAAGAUGCUCUUUUGUGAUUUGAGUUUAAAACUCAUUUUUCUUUGUAAUCCUUGGUGGUCUUUGUGUUUGUAUUAUAUUUUUGUUGAACUGUGGAACUUUUGGACAAACAUUGACACUUGUAAACAUUUGAUCUUACUCGAGACGAGUAAAAGUUUAAGUGUGGGGGAGUUGAUACGUUCGUAA